CAGACAUGGUUAGAGUGAGGACAAUCUCGUAAGGAAAUCUGUCGCCCAGAUCGGUACAUGUAUACAAGAUUAUCUGAGGUCAGAGAGGAAUAUGGGCCUGAUGGACAGAUGUACCACUUUGUGAAUUAGGUAUAAGAAUGGGUGUUCAACUCCAAUAUCCACGUCUAGCAAAUAUGAUCAAGCAAAGGCUCUCGGUGACCGCCUUUCAAAUUUCAACCAUGAAGAUUGAUCUCAUCUACUCGCCCCCCCUCCUUCACGCUCGUCAGACUGGUGAAGUCGUGCAUAGUCACCAGUCCAUCCCCAUGUCAAUCACGAAUUCCCGUGGAGAAAGUAAAAAUGAUGUAGCAGCUCGAGCAGAUAUGGCGAUCAGCGGGUGCAUAUCGCCAAUUCUUACGGAGGAGAAUUUUAGGAAUGGACUUCAUGUUGCUGUUACGAGUUAUGGAUUGUGCAUAGCCCAGCUCAUUGCCACCCCUUUGCGAUAUGAUGCCUCGGCGGACAAGGAUGUAUCCUAUGAGGGCUUGAGAAACACGGGUGGAGGUUUCUUUGGAUUCAAAUUAUGGUAGCCUCGAGAAUAUGCGCGUUUCUCUUAAGGUCGACGUGACACACGUAGAUGCGAAGGAGAUCUCUUCUCCCUCUCCCUACGCGCAGCACCAUGAAAGCAACAAGCGGAGAGAGAACGUACUCCGACAGAACCGACCUCAUAGCAGCGUGCCUGUAUGGAUACAGUAUAGAUAUCGGGGGUGCACGCGAAAGACAGCGAAGGAUUUGGUUUCUGAAGAGAUUGGCGUGGGUCAAGCUAGCGCCCCUCAUCUUUAUAACCAGCGUGUGUGUUUCCCGUACAGUGCACCCAUUCUCUAUCCAAGCUUACGUUGGAGCCAGAUGCAUGCGGCGUGCGUGAAUUCGAACGACGACCUGCUUCAAUGUAGUACAGCGAUGCAUAGUCUCGAUAAAAAGUCUUGAGGCGCUGCUGAAGACGA